UGAUGAUGGCCCUCCACUGCAAAUCCUUGCCUCUUCCUCCUCGUCUCUCAAUCUGCCCUCUCGCACUCCUCGCUGGCCCACAUGAGGCUCUGCAAAGAAUACGUACCCGUGCUUUUGGGGUUUCUUGCUCUCCCCAGCGCUCUCCCAGAGCUUUUGGCUGGGUCCGCCUAGGCGACUGCCCUGCGGUAUCCCCUGUGCUACCGAUAUGCCAACCCACCUCAUUGACUUAUAUACAUCAAGCUCCGCCACGCUGGUCGGUCUGCGAUGACAUUAUCGUGUCUCUUGCUGUUCAGACCAAGCACGGAAGCAGCAACUCUCUAGAUUCUUACACUUGUUGCAUUGUUCACUCACUUAUAACUGCCUCGUCCUUUCGUCUUAGUCCGCGGCACAUCCUUCAACUUUCCAACAUCAACAGCCCUUUGGUCUAGCCUUGGACAUAUAACCCAGUACGAUCGGAUCAACACUACAACGUCUUUCCAUUGGGAUACUCCCUUGCCACUUUCUCUUCUAAGAAGGUCUAUAUUCAGGAUUCUGUCCUGACCCGUUGGAGUAUACUACCACUGGAAUCUCGGAUCUUCCAUUUUGAGCAAGCACGCAACAUGGCCUAUUACUAUGACAAUGUCCAUGGAGGACAUUUUACCCAAGACCAGGUACCUUACUACGAAGAACAGAGUUACAGCCAGAUGCCCAUGGCUUACCUUGGAAGCUCAACAACCUCGAGCUCCCCGACACCAGUCGACCCUAGCCUUGGAUCUUUCUCCCAUUCCCAAUGCCAAACUCCAUGGCCGACACAUCAAACCCACCAGAUUCAACAAUACAUGGAUGGACCACGAACGGCCUUCUUCGUCCAUGAGAAUGCCCAAGUUUUGCUCGGUGUAAGCCAAUCUACCAAGGAGUCAAACCCUCUACCUCCAGCUUCACAGAGGAGACACGGUUCCCCGUGUUCUCAGCAGACGCUGUCCAGCAGCGAUUCCCAUAGCCCACCCACGGAGAGUGACGUCCUACCCGCAACUCCUCCAGACCACUCAGCCACUUCUCCUUUCUUGCAGCAUAAGCAGGUCUUUGGAAACUGGGAACCCCAACUACAGUCCCAGACGCUCUUUGGAAUGGCCAUGGAAGGGAAUAUUUGUGUUAAUCCUUACGAAGUGAACGACAUGUUCGAGAAGGAGGUAGUCCCAACGAGCUUUGAUACUGCAACCUUCAGCUUCUGCUGCUCAGAGUCUGAUGAGGCCAGUAUUACCCAGCACUCAACUUUGUCGUCACGGCAAAUCAGCCCAGAGCCCGUCAUCAAGCAGGAGGCAACCAUGGUCGACCUACCAUUCCAUCCAAACUACCCUGACCCUGAAUCGAACGGUACAAACAUCUUUGAACCAGAGAUCAAGGCCGAGCCUCUUGCCGCUGACGACGACAAAGACCUGGACUACAAGCCAAAGCCUUCGAGAAAACGUUCCCGCAACACCACUACCAGAUCUCAGGCUCACCCCUCCGGUUCGUCUCAUGAACGAAAGCGGUCCAAGGUUAACAACGACAUCGGUAGUCUAUCUUCAGCGAGACUAAACGCAACACUUUCGUCGAUGAGGAACCCCAAGAUCCUUUGCAAAGAGUGCAAGACCCCCUUUUCCGAUGAGAGCACCCACCAGAAGCACAUGAAACAACAUCAUACCCGCCCCUUUGUGUGCGUCUUCAACUACGCUGGCUGCCCAUCCACCUUUGCCAGCAAGAACGAAUGGAAGCGUCACGUAAGCUCCCAACACUUGGCUCUCCAGUACUGGCUCUGCGAGCAAGACGGUUGCUCCAAAACUACCAACCCUCCCACCAACCGACGUUCCUCCUCCUCUUCCUCCUGCUCCGUCACACCAACGCCCCCCGCUCUACCAAACGGCGCCAUCUUCAACCGCAAAGAUCUCUACACACAGCAUGUUCGCCGCAUGCAUGUGCCGCCACAUGUACGGAAGGCCCAGAAGCAGAAGAAGCCCACCCCCGAGUGGGACGAGCACCUCAAGACUCUCCAGACGGACGCGGAGAAGGUUCGCUGCGAUCUUCCAACAUACAUGCGCUGUCCCGCUGCCGACUGCGGACACGACUUCAACGGACCCCAGGCUUGGGAUGAACGCAUGGAGCACGUUGCGCGACACCUCGAGCGCGCCGCCGAGGGAAAGGAGCCUAUGGUCCACUUUGGCGGAGACCACGACCUGACACUCACACAAUGGGCCUCCAGCGCUGAUGUCUACGUUGUCCGGCGGGUACGAAACAUGACAGCCGAAUGGGAACUCAUUAACCCGCUCAAGGGAGAGAUUGGUCCCUCUGCUGGCAACGGCAAAGGGGGCAGCAGCACCGCCACAAACUCAACUGUUCACAAGGAAAUUGUUGUUGCAGUCUGCUCCGACGAGGAUGCUGAGGGUGAGGACGAAGAGUGAUUUACACUCCGUCACCCAGUCUUCAUGGCUGUUGUUGAUCAUCUAUACGUUACUUGCUACUUGAGAGUUGUUCAAACUGGCAUCUCGGUAGUUCAAGGCUUGUUCAUGUUUUCAUUGAAGUUUCUCCUUUUUUUGAAGUUUCUCCUUUUUUUGUUUUUAGAUACCUUUUCUUUUACAUUCUACUUGCUUGGCC